UGUCUCAUAUACUAUACAUUCCCAUCCAAAACCUAAGAAAGCAGUUAUGGAGGAUAUGCCGGUGGGGUUUAGGUUUUAUCCCACAGAAGAAGAGCUGGUGUCGUUUUACCUGGGAAACAAGCUCCGAGGAGAACGACCGGAUAUUGACCUUGUUAUCCCUGUCGUCAACAUUUAUCUGCACAGACCAUGGGAGCUCCCACAGCUCGCCGGAGUGGCUAGCUAUGGAGACGACGAGCAGUGGUUUUACUUCAUGCCGGGGCCGGAAAACAUUGCCCGAGGAGGAAAACCGAACAGGCUGACAACAGAAGGAUACUGGAAAGCCACCGGAUGUCCCAGUCUUGUGUUCUCCAUAAACAAUCGAGUCAUUGGGGAGAAAAGGACGAUGGUGUUUUAUACAGGAAGGGCUCCAAAUGGAACAAAGACUGAAUGGAAGAUUAACGAGUACAAGGCUGUCCAUGGUGAAGCUUCAGCAUCCGCUCCCCUUUCGGAUUUAGAGCUACGCCAAGAAUUCAGCCUGUGCCGCCUCUACAAGAAGCCAAAGUGCGACCGAGCAUUUGAUCGCCGCCCGUUGGGUGUUACUACAGUACGGCGAAGAAUAGCACAACAGCCGCCACCGCAAGAUAGCGUUCAGACGGCAGCAAUGAUAUUACCGCAGCAGGAUAAUAAUCCUCCCGCAAAUAAUAUGUCCGGUGCCGGAAAUAGCUCGCCGGCGUCGGGAGACGCCGUUAUUCCUUCUAAUAAUGCCAUGGGGACCCAAGUUUUUUGGGAUAACUUGACACCUAUAUGGGAUUGGGAAGACUGCUUCAAUCUUCUUUGAGACUUGGUCUAUUACAAUAUUUGUCCGACCAUAGUGAUUUUACCAUUUUAGUCAUCAAGUUUUAAUUUUAUCGGACCAGUAAUAUUUUUCACUAUCAAAUUUGUACUUAUUUUAGUAUCCGAAGGGUUAAAAAAAGUCCUUCAGAAAACAAAAAUAGAUACAAAUUUGAGAGUAAAAAAUAUUAUUGAACGAAAUAAAAAAUUAAGAACUAAAGUGUUGAAACCACUGUACUAGAGAACCCUAAAUACAAAAUAUGAGUAUAGUUUUAUUCUAUUUCUUGUUGACUUGACAGUCCAAUAACUGAUGACUCCAUGCCAUUUUGAAAAUGCUGUGGGCUGAAGUUUAGGUCGGUAGAUCGAGUAAAAUGGCUGGAAAACAACUAUGAUAUUAAGAAUUUCAAUGUCUUUACAUAAAUUCAAGGUAUACAAUAUUCUGUUUGUGUUGAUGAUUCUAAAA